AUGGCUGCUGCCAGUAAUCUGCAAUCUGAAGAUCAGUUUCUGUGCUCCAUCUGUCUGGAUGUGUUCACUGAUCCAGUCAGCACACCAUGUGGACACAACUUCUGCAAAAACUGCAUCACUCAGCACUGGAACACUAAUGGCAGACAUAAAUGUCCUAUGUGUAACAGAGUGUUCAAGAGACGACCCGAACUAGACAUCAACACUUUGUUCUCUGAGAUGGUUGCUCACAGAAGCUCAGAGCAACAAGCUGCCAAACCAGGAGAAGUUCCCUGUGACGUCUGCACUGGAACCAGACUGAAGGCCCUGAAGUCCUGCCUGGUGUGUCAGACUUCCUACUGUCAGACUCACCUGGAGCCUCAUCUGACAAAGAAAGCUCUGAGAGGACAUCAGCUGAUUGUUGCAGUGGAGAACCUGGAAGACAAAAUGUGUAAGAAGCAUGAAAAACCUCUGGAGCUGUUCUGUAAGACCGACCAGACAUGUGUCUGCAUGCUCUGCUCUGUUUUAGAGCACAAGAAUCACGUGUUUGUUCCUCUGAGAGAAGAAUAUGAAGGAAAGAAGGCAGAGCUGGGAAAGACAGAGGAUGUGAUUCAGCAGAUGAUCCAGAAGAGACGACUGAAAAUUCAAGAGAUCAAAGAGACAGUGAAGACGAGUAAAGGUGCUGCAGACAGACAGAAAGCAGAAGGUGUUCAGGUCCUCACUGCUCUGAAGGAGUCUGUUGAGAGACGCCUGAAGGAGCUCAAAAAGGAGAUCGAAGACAAACAGGAAACUACAGAGAAACAGGCUGAAGGUCUCAUCAAAGAUCUGGAACAGGAAAUCUCUGAGCUGAUGAAGAGAAGCUCUGAGGUGGAGCAGCUCUUACACUCUGAAGACCACCUCUACCUCCUCCAAAGCUUCUCGUCCCUGAAAGCUGCUCCACCCACCAAGGACUGGACAGAAGCUAGAGUACAUCCAGUAUCAUAUGAGGGGACUGUGGUGAGAGCUGUGGCUCAGCUGGAGGAGACACUCAGGAAAGACUUGAAGAAGCUGUUUGAGGCUGAGCUGAAGACGGUCCAGCAGUUUGCAGUGGAUGUGACUCUGGAUCCUGAUACAGCAUAUCCUAAUCUCAUCCUGUCUGAUGAUGGGAAGCAAGUAUACUGUGGUGAUGUGAGGAUGAAUGUUCCAGACAACCCAGAGAGAUUUUCUGCUUGUGUUUGUGUUUUAGGAGCGCAGAGUUUCUCUUCAGGCAGAUUUUACUUUGAGGUUCAGGUUAAAGGAAAGACUGACUGGGACUUGGGAGUGGCCAGAGAGUCGAUCAACAGGAAGGGAAAUGUUAUGCUGAGACCUCAGUAUGGUCUCUGGACUGUAGUGCUGAGAAAUGGAAAUGAAUACAGAGCUUGUGCAGGUCCUUCAUUCCGUCUCUGUCUUUAUUCUGGCCCUGAGAAGGUGGGGGUGUUUGUGGAUUAUGAGGAGGGUCUGGUCUCUUUUUAUGAUGUAGGUACUGGAGCUCUGAUCUACUCCUUUACUGGCUGCUCCUUCACUCACAAACUCCACCCAUACUUCAGUCCCUAUCUGAAUCAGGGUGGUAACAACUCUUCACCUCUGAUCAUAUGUCCUGUCAGUCAAACUGACAAAUCGAUCAACGACUGA